AAUUCGAAGAACCCUAAAAACUCAGAAAACUCAAAUUGGAGAUUUCGACUGAUGGAUUCAAAUGAGUUGGAGCCGCCGUCGUCUGAUGUUGUCGUUCAUCACCAGCCUUCCGAGUCUGUUCCGCAAGCAGAAGAAGGAGAAGGAAAUCCGAUACCAGAACCAGACAUUGAACCCGACGAUGAAGACCCACUAGAGCGAGACCAGUUUGAAAUCGAGAAGGCAUGUACGGAGUUUAGAGACGAGCCUUCGAUUAUUCACGACGAGUAUCCGGAUAGUGACAGUGAUGAAGAUGACGAAGGUGCUCGAGAGAGAAAGCGUGACAACAUCAGCCGUGGAGAUGGGAAUCUGUACUAUCACCAGACAUUCUUCAACAGCAUUGGGUUUAAGGAAGCUGUACUCGACCAUGCCUUGAAGACAGGAUGCAACAUUGCACAAUGCAGGUAUGAUAAAGAUAAGGUUGCCUUUAAGUGUGAUGGGGAUGGAUGUAUCUGGCGGAUCUAUUGUUCUAUCACUAAGAAAUGUCGAAAGUGGAGGGUUAACGUGUUCAAGGAUGUUCAUACAUGUAAUCCGAAUGGAGAUUGUGAGAUGCUGAAGGUUCCUGUCAUUGCUAGGUUGUUUUUAAAUAAAAUUAGAGAGGAACCUGAGUACUUUUUGCCUAAGAAGAUUGAACAAACCAUUAAAGAAAAGUGGAAGAUCACUGUAUCUAGGCCUCAAUGUCAAGCUGCAAGGAGAAAAGCAUUGAGUUGGAUUGAGAGAGAAUAUGAUGAGCAGUUUGCAAGGCUCCAAGAUUAUGCGGCAGAGAUACGAGAAUCAAAUCCAGAAUCGACUGUUGCAGUUGAAACUGUGACUAAUGAUGCAGGACAAGAGGAGUUCAACAGGUUCUAUGUAUGCUUCCAUGCGAUCAAGAAAACUUGGAUAGAGUCUUGUAGGCCAUUGAUAGGAGUAGAUGGAACUUUUAUAAAAGGGAAAGUUAAGGGGCAGUUGCUGGUUGCUUUAGGUAGAGAUGCAAACAAUCGGAUAUAUCCAAUAGCAUGGGGAUGUGUACAAGUAGAAAACAUAGAUAAUUGGGUGUGGUUUGUUCAAAAGCUGAAGUUUGACUUGGGACUGAUGGAUGGUGAUGGUUAUAUCAUUGUUUCUGAUCGCCAAAAGGGUCUAAUCCGAGCUGUGGAGCUAGAGCUGCCAAAGGCUGAACAUAGAAUGUGUGUCAGACACAUCUAUGGAAACUUGAAGAAAAACCAUGGCAAAGAUAAAGAGAUGAAGAUGUAUGUUUGGGAUUUGGCAUGGAGCUACAAUGAGAGUGCUUAUGAAGCAAACCUGACAAGACUUUACAACUAUAAUGUGGCUGUCUGGCGUGAUGUUGUCAAGUCAAAACCAAGAACUUGGUGUAGGGCGUUUUACAAGCAAGGAAACUUCUGUGAAGAUGUUGAGAAUAACUCAACUGAGUCAUUCAACAACUCAAUUGUGAAAGCUAGGGACAAACCGUUUGUGCCAAUGCUUGAGACCAUCAGGAGACUUGCAAUGGUCAGGAUUGCCACAAGAGCUGCUGAAUCUCAUGAGCACAAAGGGAGAUGCACACCAUAUGUUAGUAAGUUUCUUGCCAAAGAAUUUGAGAAAGCUUCGGAGAUGACUAUAAGAAGAAGCACUAAUGACAUGUAUGAAGCUACCAGAGGAUUAGAUACUCAUAGGAUAAGCUUGACUGAGAGGACAUGCACUUGUCAGAAAUGGCAAAUCUGUGGCAUUCCUUGUGAGCAUGUUUAUGGAGUCCUGCUAGACAAAAAGCUUGAAGUUGAGGACUAUGUGUGUCACUGGUUUAGGACACCGAUGUGGAAGAAGAAUUACACAGACGGCAUAUUUCCACAGAGAGGACCAGCUUAUUGGCCAUCAACAGAGCACCCUAAUGUGCAUGUACCACCACCACCACCACAGCCUGGGAGAAAGAAAGGAAAGGAGAGUAAGAAGGAUAAGAAGAGGAAAAAGGGAAAGUAUGAAUCUCCUACCAAGAAGGCACCAAAACAGAUGAAAAGGGUAAUGCACUGUCGUGUUUGUGGUGCAGCUGGCCACAACUCAAGGUUUCACAGGAAGAAGAAGUCUUCUGCACAGACCUUUGAAGGAGUGUUGUCUGCAGGUCCUGCCAUUCAAGGCACUCAAGGCAGUCAAGUGGAACCAUCUCAAGGAGUUGUGAUGUCUCAAGGAUGAAUGAUUAGAAGGAUUAGAGAAUUAGGUGUUGGAUGGGUCUAGUUUUUGUUUUCCAUCUGAUUUAACGGCUAUGUAACUUUUGUUUUCCAUCUAUCUAAUUAAGACUUAGCGGCUAUGUAACUUUGGUUUGAAUUCUCAGACAUGAUUGAACCAGUUUAAGCAUUUAAGGAAUCCAUUUUGGUCUCAGUUUUGGCUAUUUUCUCUUUGUUUAGUCAUAAUGAAGCACAAGAACUAGA